UUCGGUGUGUUCGAAGCAGUUUAAUGUUCGAAUGCGCGCAAGUACAGAAAUAGCUGAGAUAAUGGUGAGAUAAUUUCUUUCAAUCACAAUUCAGAAUAGCACGUUCUUAUGAUUAUCCGUACACAGCUUGAGAAAAACCUCCACAGUAUUACGUGAGCAAGAUUCGAGUACCAUCCUUUUGUAAAACGAAUCCUUUAACGAGGGAUAAUGUUACAAGUGUAUUACUCCAUAAAUGCACGUGCUUCGUUAAAUUCACAACACAACAGGCCGAGUAAUUAAAUGAUAGAAAAAUGCCUGAGAGAAUGAAAGAAGCUACGGGCGAAAAUUAAGUCGUUAAGUGGUUGGACAUCAAUACUUUUCCUUAAAUGAACUCAUACGAAGCAACAAUUCCUUGCGGUGACAGGGAAGAGAACUUCAUCAACAAAGAAAAGAGAUGUCUGUUUAUCGUGUGCUUUAAUUAUCAUGAUAAUGACCUGUCUAUGGUAUGAUUAUCAGAGUGAUUCAUAUUUCUUACUGAAUGAAAGACAAUCAUCAGCGUGUCAUGGAGGACGAUGGCCAAGUGCAUUCUAGCACUCUUCUCGAGGAAACCUUUUACGUUACAUCCAAGAAAAAUACCUAUUACAAGGUGAGACUAACAGAAAAGGGUCUCAGCUUAGAAAAGGACAGUAAUGGCGCGACGAAGGUUGAAACGAUCGUUUUAAACGACAUAAUAGGGUGCAGAUGUAUGCGUUCGAAACGCAAAAGCGCGGGAAGCUGUGUUUGUGGCCCAGGUACCUCGAGGUCUCAAUUCAAGCUGGUCGAGCCUAUGGAAGCGUAUCAAUGCUAUGACGAGUUCGAUACCUCGGCCUAUCUUUAUAUUUAUGCUUAUACACUGAAGAAGGCACGCAUGAAAGGUAUCAAGAGACGAGAAAGGACCACGAUAACGCUACGGUUCCGCAGCUUUGACAAGUAUGAGGAUAAUCUACGGGAGGCCAGCAGGUGGCGAUUAGCUAUAAAAUGUCUCAUUGUUGGCGUGCCUGUGCCUAAAAGUUUUAUGAGUCCCAGUCACGAGAACCUUGAGUCGUUGAUUAGUGCAUGCCCAGGGGAGCAACGAAAGAUUCUGGUGUUGCUGAAUCCAAAGUCAGGGCCAGGAAGGGGUCGAGAAAUAUUCCAGAAGAGGAUCCAUCCGAUUCUAUCGGAAGCCGAGAGGCUUUACGAGGUUCACAUCAGCAAGUGUCCCAAUUACGCUCGCGAGUUCGUGCGUACGAGGGACAUCUAUCAAUGGAGCGGCCUGCUGAUGGUCGGGGGCGAUGGUAUCGUGUUCGAGGUAGUGAAUGGGCUUUUUCAGAGGCCCGAUUGGGAGAAAACACUGAAGGAAUUACCCCUUGGCGUGAUACCCUGCGGUUCCGGUAAUGGCCUGGCGAAAUCCAUCGCGUACGCUAAACAAGAGCCGUACGACUAUAAUCCGCUGCUCGUCAGCGCACUGUCAGUGGUGAAGUUCAAGAAAGCUCAGAUGGACUUGGUACGCGUGGAGACCAGAAACCAGAUUCUGUUUUCAUUUUUAUCGGUCGGCUGGGGUUUACUUGCCGACAUUGACAUUGAAAGCGAACGUCUCCGAGCGAUAGGUGGUCAGAGAUUCACCGUGUGGACUAUUGCACGCCUGAUAGGCUUGAGAACGUACAAAGGAAAGGUGUCUUAUUUACCUUGCGAUAAAGUGCCGUCCGUUGAGAAUUUGGGUAAUAGCAAGGCCUACAACGAGUAUGCUAAGGAAGCGCAGAUAUCGCAUUCAAGAAGUUGCGGGGACGAUUUAGAUCGAUACAGCAAAAUCAGCGAAUCGAAGAGCUUCCACGAUGCACUCGAUGGAGACCCUACUUUGGAUGGGUCGUUUGAUAGUUACGAUGAUAAUGAAAUAAUAAACGAAAGUAUCACUCUGGAAACGGAAGCCGAGAGAAGGCAGAGGCUAGACAGCUUCUAUUCUGCAACCUCCGUGAAAUCAACUUACUUUAGUACGGGUUCAAUUUCUAGCUACCAUAGCAUCGACGAGCCAAAUAACGAUGAAAUUGAUGUAGAAAGCAACAGUAGUCACGUUAUGUACGGACCAUCAUCGAGGCUGCCUGCUCUAACUUCGGAAGUGUCAAGUUCUUGGACUCAAAUUCAGGGAGAAUUUGUAAUGGUUCACGCGGCAUAUCAGUCACAUUUGGGCCAAGAUUAUUUCUUUGCACCCCGUGCCAAAUUGGCGGACGGUAUUAUUUGGCUCAUGAUAGUGAAAGCCGGAAUUACUCGAGCCAAUUUGCUCCAGUUCCUGUUGGGUUUAAGUAGUGGUACUCACUUAACACGUUCUGGCAUUGAUAUGAUACCAGUAAAGGCGUUUCGAAUAGAACCAGAGGAAGGAGCAAACGGCUACAUUACAGUGGAUGGAGAAAGAGUAGAUUAUGGACCCUUACAAGCUGAAAUAUUUCCAUCCUUAGCAACGGUAAUGUCCCCUUGAUACAAAUUAGCAUUACUCUUCGUAUGGAGCUAGCAAUGGAAAUCAAAUGGUACAAUCGUAGAACCUUAAGUUCAAUAAGGUAUAUGUUAUGGUAGCAUGGUCUUGGUGACAAUACUGUAUUAAUAUGUAUAUUCGCAUUCGCGAUACGUAAGUACGAUUUAGCUCAGAAAAUUGCGGUAGGUGUACAUUCUAGACUGUGAAGUUAAAUCAUUCCAUCAGAUGUAUACGAAUACAUAUGAAUUAACGAGAUCAAUGCAGUCACAGUUUGUAUAAGCUCAAUUUGUUAUUUCAUAGAGAUUUAUUAUUUGUGCGGGAUAAUCCGAUUCAGUUAUUCGAAAUUUUGCAGGCGUGAUUUA